AUGAUGCAGACUGGCACUUUUCUGUCUUUGAUGCAGUUGACUGCCCUCCAGGCUGCAGGAUCGAGUGCGAAACGGAGUACGUUUCGCCAGACGCUGUGCAGUUCCUUUCCUGCAGCUCCUCAAGCAGUAGCCAAGGUCGCACCGAGAUCCAAUCACUCAUUUACAUUCGUCCCCAAAGGAGCUUCCUGCCCAGUACCACUGACAUCCUCUACCAAUCUACCCCUCAUAGUUGGAGGACGAUUUGGAAAUGGACUGUUCGUGAAGGCUGGAUUCUUCAAGAAGCUCUCCGGGACCUACCAUUGUCUCUCGCAUGACUCUCCAGACCUCAAGUCCUGCACAUGCUUAUACGUGUACACAUAUGACGAGGUGGAGGAAUACAGGAAAUGCUUCCAAGACCCGCCCGUCACUAUCCAGCUGACUUCCCGUGCGAGACAAGCCAGGUUGCAUCGGGUACUUACCCUAGGGGACACGGACGUGCCAUUAAACUGUCCACACAAUGGCUCAGCUGAUCGUGCCACUGUGGAGUGGACGCACAACGGAACACUGGUCCCGGAUCACACCUCGCUCUCCAAGGCACGGCAGCGUUCCUAUCUGAUAAGCUCACAAUCGGGCGAUCUCAUCAUUCAGCAGGUAACGUGGGAAACCGCAGGAGCAUACAAAUGCAAGGUGAUUUACAACCACCAUACGCAGCAUACGCAACUUCAGGAAACGAGCAGGGUGGACAAUCAGCUUCAAUACUCAGUGACCAUUUUGAAAACCGUUACAUUCAAAGUACACGGAGCAGAUACAGGAUUCAUACGUCAAGUGAAUCCAUCUUCCGCGAAACUUGAAUGGAGCACUGGAGUACAGCGUACAGGCAACAGCAGUGAUGUGACUUUGAACAUUCGGGCAUUUUCUGCAGCGCUCAGCACAUCUCUACACACGAAUAUCUCCCUGAGCAGCCGCACGUCGCCCGUAAACAUUGCACGACUACUUCCAGAUGCGGGACUUCUGGCUUGUCUGCCUACACCGGUGCUGGAUGUGUGGCUAACGGCCACCCUUGGGGACGAAGCAUAUGUGUCUAACCGCACUCGGCUUCUUUUCAAUAAGCGACAAGACGGUUAUGCGCAAACGCUAUCCUUUGCAGUGACGUACUCCAGCGGAGGGUUGCUUGAAGCGGCGAACUCCUCCCGUAGUCCAUGUCAGACGGACUUGAAGGCCAGGGCACUGUUGAUAAAUGCGCUGUCCCAUGCCUGCACUUGCUGUCUCGUUCAAGGUCUAAUCUCAGCAUCGCCCGGGCAACCCUCGCCAUCCACUGGUGACCAUGAGGUGAGGUUUCGUGCUACCAUCAGGCGACCACUGCCGAUCAUCGAUAUACACCGAAGACUCCGUGCAUACUUCAAGUCGUCGACUGCAGGACGCUCACCGGACUCAUCGACAUCGGGAUACAUAGUAAAGUACUGCCGAUUCAAUCAGCGCACGGGGAAGCCCUCCAGAUGUUUCACGUCCGGGAUUCUGGGAACGGCUGGUGUAUAGCGUGACUAGAAGCAGGAUUCGCAACAUGUGGCUGAUUCAUAGAUAAAGAGAGAUAGAUAGAUAGAGAGAGAGAGAGAGAGAGAGAGAGAGAGAGCGUUCGUGCGUGAAAGAGAAAGUGCGUGUGUGUGCGUGCGUGUGUGUGUACAUGGUACAUGUGUGUGUGUGUGUGUGUGUGUGAGUGUGUGUGUGUGUUUGUGUGUGUGUGUGAGUGUGUGAGAGAGAGAGGUGAAUUAUGCAGCCUUGCAAGUGUAUCAACAUCUCUUUGUACAUACCCCACACCCUCUACCCAUUUCCACAUUCACUGCCUUACUGUUCAACAAUCCUCCUAUACAUGUACAUGUAUGCCGGUCUUGUGAGGAACCAUCACACAAUCCGCGGACAAUUGAGCUACCAAACCUGAAAAGGUGGCGCUUGCACAUGUAGUUUCGCAAAACCCAUGAAAGGUUGAGUGUAACAUGUACCAUGUACAUGUAUACGCCCGUCGCAAGAGAAGCACGCAAAUCUGCAAAUGCACUGGAUGUGCACCCACAGACUUUCUCUAAUAGCAACGAUAGCGAACAAGAUCCGAAUGAGACGUAAAUUUCAUAUUUUUCUACAAAA